AUGAUGCAGUCUAAUGAGAUUCUUCAAUCUCCAUCCUCACUCUUUGAUGAGCCAUAUUAUUAUUAUGGGUUGAGUAGCAUGGAUGAAGAUGGUGAUGAUUAUGGAUUCAGUGCCAUAUUCAACACUUGUUCAUCAGAAAACACCAUCUUCACGAAUGAAUAUGAUCAUCACAUUCAAUACACAAUCGAUGAUGAAACCUUGCAACUCCAACCCUUGAUCCAUGAUUUCCCAAUGAAAUUCCACGAUCUGACUCACCAGUUUCUUGAGAGUGAAGGAAGCAUCAUCCCUUCACAAGAAGCAUAUAGUCCCACCCAGUCAUUCAAUUCAGACAUGUCCUCAUCAUCAUCGACACCACUGAACUUGCCUCAACCGAACACGCAAAUCGAGAACCACUUGAUCCUUCCGCACUUGGUGGACGCCAUUGGAGAAGCCUUGGAGAAUCGACACAAAGCGCUCGCUGAAGAGAUCUUGAGAUGCAUCAGCAACAAACUCAGCCCUCUCUCCCAAACCGUUGACGAGCGCCUCCACUUUUACAUGUCGCUAGCAACCGCCGCAAACAACGGAGACUAUUUGAAAGGGGAAGCCUUGAAGAACUCUGACGCUGCUUUCAGGGCAUUCUAUCAAGGAACCCCUUUCGGCAAAUUCGCUCACUUUGUGGCCCUUUCUGCAAUUAUUGAAAACAUGCCGCCAGACUGUGAUGCCGUACACGUGGUGGACUCUUACAUGGGAAUUGGGAUCCAAUGGAUUCCAAUGAUUGAGGCCAUGGCUCGGAGGAACAUAACACAAUUCAAAUUGACAUCAAUCAGUUCCGGUCAUCAUCAGCAAGGGCAUGAUGGUAAUUCCACUACUCCUUGGAUUUCUGAGGAAACUAAGAGGCAUCUCUAUGAGCAUGCAAGAUCGUGGGGAUUGAAUCUGAAGGUGGAGGAAAAGGGAAUUGAGGAACUUGUUAGUGAGUUGAAGAAUGUGAAGAAAAGUGGUGGCAGUGGCAUCAGAGAGUUUUUGGCCUUCAAUUGCAUGCUUAACCUGCCACAUAUGGCCAAUAGAAGCAGCAGAAAACAAGCCAUGGAAUUUCUGAAGCUGGCUAAGGAUUUGAUCAAUGGCUCUGGGAACAAGGGAAUCAUCACUUUUGGUGAUGGUGAUGCGUUUGAGAAACUCAAGACCAGCAUGAAUUUCAAGGCAUUCUUUGAUGGUCAUUUGGUGCAUUACCAUGCCUUAAUGGAAUCAAUUGAGUCAUGUUUCCCAACAAGUUUCUCAGAGGCAAGGACUCUUAUAGAGUCCCUAUUUGUGGCGCCUCAUGUGUCUCCUUUUGCUUGGUUACAAAAUUGGCAAGAGAUGGAGAGGGAUUCUUGCCAUGUUCCUGGGGAAACUGAAAUUGGACUAGAAGGUUGCAGAUUGAGCACAAGCAUUUUAAUGGAAGUAAGAGAAAUGUUGAGAGGUAGUGGAGGUUCGUAUGAGACAAGGAUUGAAGGGCAAAAUGGGAAUGAAAUUGUUCUGGCAUGGAAAGGAACAGAACUAGUGAGAGUUUCUGCUUGGAGAAACUAA